AUGGAGCGUGUUCAAACUCUUGCUAAGAUCUCUUGUUUAUAUUAUUCAAAGAAAACGUUAGCUUGCCGCACAAUGUCCUCAGAUCACUCCAAUAACGACGUCGAAAAAAACAUUUCACACCUGGAUCCAACCGGUGUGGACAAUGUUUACGUUCCGCCUGAGCAGCCGGAAUCGAAGCAUUCCCAUUUCAGGAUCGACAAGGACACUUUCAGAAACCACACCAUCGCUGCUGUAGGUGAGUUUUGUGGGACUUUUAUGUUUUUAUGGUGCGCUUAUGUUAUCUGCAAUGUUGCCAACCAUGACGUCGCACUGACUGCGCAGCCGGACGGUUCGCAUCCGGGUCAAUUGAUCAUGAUUGCCAUUGGUUUCGGGUUCUCCGUUAUGUUUUCCAUCUGGUGCUUCGCUGGUGUCUCCGGUGGUGCCUUGAAUCCUGCUGUGUCGCUUUCCCUAUGUUUGGCUAGAACUAUCUCUCCCACCAGAUGUGUGGUGAUGUGGUUCUCGCAAAUCAUCGCCGGGAUGGCUGCCGGUGGUGCGGCUAGCGCUAUGACUCCUGGUAAGGUUCUUUUCGCCAAUUCUUUAGGCCUGGGCUGCUCCAGAUCUAGAGGCUUGUUUCUAGAAAUGUUCGGCACUGCUGCCUUGUGUUUGACCGUUUUGAUGACUGCUGUGGAAAAGCGUGAAACCAACUUCAUGGCCGCUCUUCCCAUCGGUAUUUCUCUAUUCAUUGUCCAUGUUGCCUUGACCGGCUACACUGGUACCGGUGUCAACCCUGCAAGAUCUUUGGGUGCCGCCGUCGCUGCUAGAUAUUUCCCCACCUACCACUGGAUCUAUUGGAUCGGCCCAAUAUUGGGUGCCUUCUUGGCUUGGUCUGUUUGGCAAUUACUGCAAUUCUUAGACUACACUACCUACGUUAAUGCCGAAAAGGCUGCAGGUCAAAAGAAGGAAUAA